GCAGCAGCAUAGCUGUCACUAGCGCUGUCACACCGCAGGCUGCUGUUGCCGGGAAGGAGGGACCCGGGCGGGAGGAGGAGAGGAAGGCGGCCCGCAGGGAGGAGGAGUGAGGAGGGCUGUGUGUGUGGCUGGGAGGUGCCGGUUCUCUCCCACUCAGGAGCCCGGGCUCAGUGCACUGUGUGACGGGGGCCUCCUUGGGCUGAUCCCGCCUGCGAGCCCUAUGGAUUAGUCGGAGGUGCCGGGCAAAAGGUCCGCACAGGAAGCCGGGAUUCGCUGGGAGUUCGGGAACCGGAGGGAAGUCACCAUGAAGAAACAGUUCAAUCGGAUGCGGCAGCUGGCGAACCAGACCGUGGGGAGAGCUGAAAAAACAGAAGUAUUAAGUGAGGACCUUUUACAGAUUGAAAGAAGACUUGACAACGUGCGGCUGGUGUGUCACAAUGCAUACAAGAAGCUCCUGGGCUGUUUGCAGGGGCAGCCUGGAACUGACCCCGACAAGAGAUACAAAAAGCUUCCUCUUAUGGGUGUGUCUCAGUCUAUGAUAGAAGGCUGCGCGCAGCUCAGUGAUGAAACCCUAUUAGGGAAGACCUUGUACUCGUGCGGGGAAGCGGAGCAGCGGCUGGCCCAAGAGCUCUCCCAGCAUGAGAUCCAGAUUGAGAAAGACAUCCUGGAUCCCUUUAACCAACUGACAGAGGUAGAUAUCCCGAACAUACAGAAGCAGAGGAAGCAGCUGGCCAAACUGGUGCUAGACUGGGAUUCUGCACGGGCAAGGUAUAACCAGGCUCAGAAAUCCUCUGCAACAAAUUUCCAAAUGCAGCCAGGAAAACUGGACUCUCUGAAAGAAGAGAUGGACGAGGCAGCUAACAAAGUGGAGCUAUGCAAGGAUCAGCUGGCAGCCGAUAUGUACAAUUUUGUCUCCAAGGAAGGGGAGUACGGUCAGUACUUCGUUAUGUUAUUAGAAGCUCAAGCAGAAUACCAUAGAAAAGCACUAGCUGUCUUAGAAAAAGCACUACCCGAAAUCCAGGCCCAGCAAGAUAAAUGGACAGAGAAGCCAGCAUUCGGCACAGCACUGGAGGAGCACCUGAAGCGCAGUUCGCGGGAGAUCGCACUUCCCAUUGAAGCUUGUGUGAUGAUGCUGCUGGAAACUGGAAUGAAGGAAGAGGGAUUGUUCAGGAUAGCAGCUGGGGCCUCCAAACUGAAGAAGCUUAAAGCUGCACUGGACUGCUCCGCCUCCCAACUGGAAGAGUUUUACUCGGACCCGCACGCUGUUGCAGGGGCCUUAAAGUCUUAUCUGCGUGAGCUGCCAGAACCACUGAUGACCUUCAGCCUGUACGAUGAGUGGAUCGCUGCUGGGAAUGUGCCGGACCAGAACUUAAAGCUGCAGAGCCUAUGGGUUGUUUGCCAGAAACUUCCCAAACAAAACUUUGAAAAUUUCAGGUAUCUGGUGAAAUUCUUGGCCAAGCUGAGUCACAGUAGCGAUGUUAACAAGAUGACCCCCAGCAACAUUGCAAUUGUGUUAGGUCCCAACUUGCUGUGGGCAAAGCAUGAAGGAACGCUGGCAGAAAUAGCUGCUGCCACCUCCGUCCACGUGGUGACAAUCAUUGAGCCCAUUAUUCAGCACGCAGACUGGUUCUUUCCUGAAGAGGUGGACUUCAAUGUUUCUGGUGCCUUUGUUGCGGCUGUUCCUGCAAAUCACCAAAACAAUGACAUGCACUGGGAGUUUGGCCUCAUGGAACGCAAGAGGCCAGUAAGCAUGGCGGUCAUGGAUGGGGACUUGCUGAAGAAAGAAGGCAUUGGUCUUAAAGUGAUGGACUUCCAGUUUAACCCAAGAAGAGGAGGAACCUUAACACGAAAACACGCAUCCCCUGCUUUUCAUCCUCCUCUCCCGCCCAAUGAAGGUGGCACGCAGGCUGAGCCGCCCGGCUCUACAGCAGAUGUUACCACACCGAGCACUACACCAGUUCAACCGCCACCCCCUGCUGAUCUUGUUGCAACUCAUGGGCAUGAAGAGUCUGGCACGGGCAAAACCAAAGAGACACCAACAGCGACCACACCCCCAUCGCUGCGGAAUGGAGCUCACCCGCCUGCCGGAGCAGGUGUUCCGACACAGGGCUCUGCCGAUCCGAGUCCCCACUCCACAAGACGAGCUACCAAGAAACCUGCCCCAGCUCCCCCAAAGCCAGUGGUGCCCCUUCCUGUGCACUCGGGGAAUCAGAGUUUGCCUGUGGCUGCUAACAACCCUCCCUCUGUCUCACCCAAACCCUUGAACCAUGUCCAUAAUCCUCCUCCUCCGAGCACUGCAAGUUCCCAGGGAGGAUCUGGGGCUCCCACCGCCUACUCACAUGGCUCUUUGCCGCGCAGGCAUUCAGGAAGCCAACCCUUAAUACAUGCUCCCAAUCACCCUCCCCCACAGCCUCCCACACAGCCAACACCUCAUCCCAAACCCGCCACUCAGCCUGCAGUUAUGGCAGCCACAGAAUCAACGACAGAGCACUCAUCCAGCCCCUCACACUCGCCAACUCCACCAGAUACUCCACCCCCUUUGUCAGAGCUCCCUGGAUCCCAGACUGUUGUCCCAGAGACCACUCAGACGCAGCCUUCUCCCCCGCAGACAUUUGGAACCCUUCCCCGGCCACGCCCUGUCCCAAAACCACGCGUCCGCCCCACUAUCCCUCCUCCACCUCAGCCCCCGGUUUCUCAUCUGCCUGGGGAGACGCAACCACCCUCUGCUUCGAAACUUAUCACUGAUCCGAUUCAGGGGCUUCCUGUUGCUGACUCCGUGUGCCCGGUUCCCGUGGCAGAUCCUCCCCCGAUACCAGUCGUCUUGCUUGACACGGAUAUAGAGAGCACAGCUCUGUAAGAAGAUGGGAUAUGUCUGCACUCCAAGAUAUGGACGGUUCAGCCCUACAGGCCCGUUACGCCCAUCAUUUCAAGACCCAACAGCGAAAAGCUUUUUGUUUGUAUUUUUGUUUUUUUGGUAUUUCCUUCAUGGACUUGGAAGAACUCUCAAAGUUUGAAUGACCUGCUGUGUCUUGCAUUGGAGGAUCCUCAAUGAGGCCUCCUGCCUGGUCUGUAGGGACUGAUUGGACCAGUCCACCCAUAUAUCUAGUUCAUGCCACUAUUAGAACUUAUUUAUCCAGAGGGGAUAGAAGCCUCUACAAACAUUCCGCCGCCACCUUUCUAUGUGUUUUCUAUUCUAACUUCCAGUGCCAGAUGACCAGGGCGGAGGAACAUCACGGAGAUUUCUAUCAGUCUGCAAAGCUAUAGGUUUACACAAUAAACAUUUAGGCUUUAUUAUUACCACAACAGAGGUUAGCGAUGUCUUGAUUGAUGCUAGAGCUAAAAUAAUGUCAAAGGCACAUAGAUUUUUUUGGGAACUGCUGGAUCUCAGUUACCAUGUGUAGGGUAUAAACCUCUAUAUAUACACAGCCGCCCUUACACGGACCUACAUCUCUGCCCCUUCCCUGGCAGCCACUGCAGUCUUCUGGCUUUCUACAGCCACUCGGCAAUAUAGCUACAGCAGGUACAUCCUUAGGCACAUUGUAUGUGUGGCAUCUAGCAUUGCCGAGCAUGUAAUCUCUUCAUAUUGUUGUACAGUUAAAACCUGUUUAACCGCAGGCACAGAUGUUUCCUCUGCCGUUUGCAGCACAUCUGCAAAAUAUACAGCAAGUUUUGCUCCACGGUAGAGUGGUUUUUGACCUGGUUCUAUAAAUGUAUAUAUACACCAUAUAUUUUUUAGUAGAUUGGAAAUGAUAAUAUUGGACCGUGACGGCUAGCCAGGAAGUAAAAUCACAAGGACUGCUCGUUCCAGAGUCCUUUUCAGAAUUUGUUUUUGUGGUAUUUGUUUUUCUUUUUCAUUUGUUACCAGCCCUGUAUGACUGCAGAUAUAAUGUACAUUUACUCAUACGCCUCACCCAAGGUCAGAGAGUCUCAGUACGUCUUAGAUGUAAAAUCAGCCCUGCCGCUACAUGUAACGUGUGUCUUGUAUCCAUGUCGCCAGACAGUAUAUGUUUCCCAUACACUGUUAAGAUACGGUGACUGAUAUAAGGGCCCCCCUCUCUGGAUUCACACAGUUAACUAACAUUCACCAGAAUCCAGCCUAUUUUUUCAUUGGGAAUUAGUGACAUCACCAAAGCAUGAGGUACUUCAUCCAGCUCGCAAAAAUGGCUGCCUUCACUUCACUGCCUUAAAUGAUCUUUUGCAUUGAGAGACAUUGUGAUAUAGGUUCGGGACACACAGCAAGCAGGAUACAUGUUAGACCGUACCUAUUGUGCCUGUGUGCCAGAUUCCACAAGUGGACCUUGAUAUGUAAUGAUGUCAUAUAGCCAAUGUAAUACUGCACCUCUAAUGUAGUCCAAAGAGUGUUUUCUUUCACACUCCUGGUAAUGGAGGACAUGCCUCAUUACCAAUGUGUGCUCUUAGUAAUAGGAGUACUAAUUUUUGUCCGAGGGGUGGAGGUUUAGGUUACAAAAUAUGUCAUCAUAUCACUUCAGUAUCCUUUUAACAGUUAUUGUCAGAUAAAAAUUGGCCAGGAUCUUUGGGCAACUAUAUGUAUAAAGCAGUUUAAUUCUGAACGUUGACCACUGCUGUGUAUAACGAUGUAUUCCAUCUUCUCACCAUCUGAAAUAUUGUGUAUAAAAGACGUAUGCAUACGAACCAUGACCUGUACACAGCAGCUUACUCAGCCAUUAUGGAGCCUGGAGGGUGGCACACUGUGUUCAGUAAGCCAAUCUCCUCGUUAACUUAAUGCAGUGAGAGUGGGAUUAAUUUUUUUUGGUAAAUUCAAAGUGGAACUAUCAUUCUAAAAAUAAUAUAUAGAAAUGUUUUAUGGUUCUUCUAGCUCUUUAAUAUGGCGUUAUUGAAUGAUUCAGCAAGCAAUAGCAGCUUUAUUGAUGUGGUGCAGUACCAUUAACAGUCUGCAGGGGGAGCUGUAUGCUUCCAGUAUUUAGCGGUGGGAAAAAAGUAAUUGAGAUCCAGACAUUAUACCUAAACCGAACACCUGCCGUUAUAUUUGUGCCAUUUAAAAAUGUAAAAAAAUACUUUGAGCUGUGCUUUGUAAUUAUAUUAUUACCAGAUAAAAAAAGAACGGGAUAGCUAUGGAUAGUUUUACUUUUAAAGUGAUAUUUCCACUUUCAUUUACAAAGGAUUUAUUUUAUUGUUUUCCACAGGAGGUUACGUUUGCCUUGUUGGCAAAAAUCAUACUCUUUAAGGGCUAUAUUACAUAUUAGUUUCAAAGCUUGGUAUUUUUUUUAUUUGGUUGAAAUACAUUUUGUUUAAAAAAAUAAAUAAAGUUGCACCAGUUUAUAAAUAUAUUAUAUAUGCAUAGUGUAUGAAGGGCUGCCCAAUUUUGUCCCUUUUUUUUUUCUUUGACCAGGUGCCGGUGUGAGGCAGUUUAUCAUGUGCUUGGAUAAUAUGUGAUAAUAAAUUAUAUAUUUUUGGCACACUUUAAGAAGGUUUCUGUUAAAUAUAUUUCCAUAUAUUUCCUAUUUCCAAGGAAAUAAAAACAUGGUUGUGAGGUAAA